CCACGGAAGCCAACUAACGAGAUAUCGAGAUAGAUGUACGGCACCAUUGCUCUCUUUUUGGGGUCAUUUUUGCCAUCAUUAAGAAGGCGUCUCGGACAGCUCGAUCGAUCGCUCGAUGAUAUUAUUCACGUGUGAGGCCUCCACAUGCUUUGCACAAGAGUUUCAUGUUGUCUUCACAACCUCUCGGCCUCAAUGGAUCCGAGUCGAAUCCAUCAUUACUACUUGACUUCUGACUUGGAACCAUGUCGUUUGGUCGAACCGUUCGUCUCAUUUCGCCGCCAGCUUUGCUCGCGGUCCUCAUUGUCGCAGCCAACAUUCGAAUCUUCAAUGGUUUCCUGGAACGAGCAAAGUACUCGGGCAGUAUUGAUGCCGUCGAUAGAAGAAUCAUGAUGGUAAGGACAGGACAAGAAGAUGGACCAAGCGACAGUGCUGCCGCCAAUAAUAUCUCAGCCGCCACACAGUGUCGCCUGGACUUGGACUCGUGGCAGAAUGCCAACAUUGAUCGAUGGAUGGAUUCCAAGGCUCCCUGGAUGGAAUGGAUUUGGGCCAUGAACGACAAGUCCACGGGCCAACGGUACUGGCUGGUCAUACUAUUGACCAUUGACACUGGCAUCGGCAACUACUUUGCUCCCAGGCUCAACAGGAUGGAGUGGAUGUGGCAGGACUCUUCGGGAAACAACCACACGGCAACACCUGUCUUUACCAAACGGUUGAAGCAACCUAGGAAUGACCGAGUGUAUCUCCGCUUGGAUCUACCUCCAACCAAUACUUACUCAUCAGACAACAACAACAACAACAACAACCACACGCAGCAGCAAGUAAUGGCCACUCCCAAGUAUCUUUGGCCGGACAAUGACGAACUACUCCAGAACACCACGUACCAUCUGGAACCGUACUUGCAGUGCAGCAAUUUGGAACGACGACACAAACCACCGCCGCAUGUCAAAGUUGGGGCCUGCAUCACACGAUUUUGGGGACAGCACGAUCUACUGCCCGAGUGGAUUGAAUAUCAUCGUCUCAUUGGAGUGCAGCACUUUUGGCUCUUUGUAUCCGAGCCAUUUGAAAACGUCCGGAACAACCACAAGCUACCACACAACAACAACCAGGACGUUACCUACAUUCCCUAUCAUUAUACAUGGGCACGGCAUCAACACAAACGGCCCAACGCUACCUUGAAAUUUGGUGGAGAAAGCAUGUUCCAAGCAGCUGCCAUCAAUCAAUGCUUGUAUUUGGCAAAACAGUACGACUUGGAUUGGAUUUACACUCCCGACGUGGACGAAUACGUGGCAGUCCUGGACCCUGAACUACUAGUGAACAACAGCCAAGCUCCUCUUCCCGCUUACCUCGAACGAACAUUUGCCCAGGAUUCGGAUCCAGCCACUCUGGGGCAAGUAUGCAUGGAGGGAGUGGCGUUUGGUCGGAACAAACUCACAGAGCCACUGCAGGACAAGAACGAGAAUGCCAGCACAUCGGACCAGUUCCAGCUUACCAUCGACUUUACCUAUCGACUCAAUCGAACCAAGGGAAGCACGGGAGGGCGUCGCAAGUGUUUCUAUCGCCCUGCGGUGGUCAACGAUGCCUGGGUACACUUGGCACGAGAUGGUGGCCGCAGCAUCAACACGGAUCCCAACCAGGUGGAUUUGUACCACUACCGAUCGCCACUGUUGGGAGUGUUUCAACACAAGGGAACCGAUGCCGACUUGGUGUCCUAUCCGGAAAUACGCGAUCGAUACCGAGACAAGAUCCUCGCUGCCCUUUACGAAUCCAAUGCCCUCAUGCCAAACUUUGCGGCCCACGUAGACCUUGGAUACAACUCCACUCCUCCACAUCCGCAGAAAACAUCGUGAUGACUCCUUUGGAACCUCCCGCGUACAGACUGAAACACUUGGCCUGUGUUGUUGCGGCAAUUGCAGUAAAAGGGGGGGGGGGAGAAAAGUGUGCAAGGAAGAAUGAGAAGGGGAGGAAGUCAGUGGGAAACAAUUGGAGGGCGACAAGAGAGCCAAGAAGACAGAAAUGACUCGACGUCAAGGGAAUGCUACGACGGCUAGCUGGGGGACACUGGUUGUUCCGAAGCGUGCCCCAUCGCUCAGAUUGUUGAUUGGGGUUGUCUCCAAGGAAUCCCAAUCGAAAGGCAGGGAAGGGGUCCAAAAGGGAAGAUACCGGUUGUUUAGCCAUUGAUAUCAACACGGAGCGAGGCGGGCAAGUGAUGAUAAUCUAGCUAGACAAUGAGAGGACUUUCCAACACGUUGAUAGGAACUGAGCCUUUGUCGAAACUAUAUGCACAUGUAGUUGUUCAAUACCCAUGCAAUGAAUGCAGCUCAAGUACCGUAUUUAAUGGCUGGCAUUAGUAUUGAUACCGGACAAACAACGUGCUGAUCUGUGGUGUGAUUGAUUGUCAUGGAUCCGGUCAAACGUUGCAAGGCACAUGACGGAGCCUUUUUGUUUGGCUUGACGGCGAAACAGACCGUGCUUCAUCCUGGACCAAAUAGUGGCCAGGGAGAGAAGUCCCUGUAUCGGUUUGUAGAUACUAAUACGCGUAGCCUUCGCCAUCUCGACGAUUCCGAGGAAACGACAGCUCAACCAGAAGCAAGGGGUCUACGUUCAGGCAACGAUAACUCCGCUGACACCUGAGCCGAAGAUCUAAAGGCAGCUUCAUCCUUCGAAAUCCAAGCCAACAGCUGUAGAAAGACCAGAAAGCAGUUCUGAAUUGCCGUGUUAUUAUAGUCAUCUGGGAUGCUAAUUGUGAUAUUAUAGUGUUUAGUACUGGUGACCCGAUUGUGCUGCCUUGGCUCCCAGUUCGAAAUGCUUGGUCCUCUUCAAGCACAGCUGCUUCUUGGUCUUACACUUCUUACAUUCGAGACGAAGGACAACCUUUCUUGUGGUCUUGGCCUUCUUGUGGAAGACGGGCUUGGUUUGGCCUCCAAAUCCCAUUUGCUUGGAGUCGUAUCGGCGCUUGCCUUGUGCAAAGUUACUGGCCUUACCAGCCUUGUACUGGGUCACCUUGUGUAUGGCAUGCUUCUUGCACUUGCCAGCACAGUAAGUUUUGCGCUCUUUUGGAACAUUCACCAUGGUUCAAUAUUUCAAUACUAUGAAAACCUAAGAAGGAAAGGAAAGGAAAGACAGUGGAAGGGAAGGAAGUGGUUAGACCAUACCGCACAUUGAUGAAGUUAUCCAUUGUCCUCCGGCUACGCCAUUCCCCAACUGCGCCAUGGUGCUACUUACUUGAUCGACUGCGAUAACAACGACGAUGACAAGAAGCAAAGCAAGGGAACGCGUUGCGGCUGUGGUGAAGAUGAGAAAGGUGGGGUGAGGGCGAAUGAGUAAGUGGUAGGAGGUACACGGGACUGUAACUUCAUUCAUGAAUUUUCGAUUGUUUCGAAUUUUAUCGAAAUAAGUCGAGUCGAAUUUAACAUCCUUCGAAGGGAUCUCUCAGUUUUCAUCUCGGUACUGGUACUGGUACCAGUACCGGUACCUGGUACUGGUAUGUACCUGGUACAUGUAUGGUACGGGUAAGCCGGUAAGAUUCAAACUAAGGUACUCUAGCUAGAAGAAAGCUAGUAGCUACUACAGUACA